AUGCAGCGCAUCACAGCUCAACUACCACGUCUUGUUCUACGGGCUCCAUUGCGGGCUGCGCGACCAUUGUAUCUCUCGUGUCCUCCAGUUCCCCGGCAAUCUCGGAGCUUUGGCAAUUCCCCCGCCUUGUACAAAAAGAAGGACAAGGCGAAAAAUGCUCCCACCCCGGACCCGGUCUUCAACUCUGGCGAGGCAUCUGAAGAUCUUUUUGAUCAGUCACAAUUGCAGAAUGGCAUCGCAGCCGCCAUUUCUCGUUUGAAGGACGACCUGUCGAAGCUUCGCGCCGGAGGGCGAUUCAAUACCGCCUCCCUUGAGGGACUAAAAGUCCAGCUGGGCAAAGAUGCCCAGGACUCGGUCAAGCUGGGAGAUCUCGCUCAGGUCGUACCAAAAGGAGGGCGCAUGGUGACCAUUCUGGCCGCCGAAGAAGAGCAUAUCAAACCGCUUACCUCGGCGAUCGUAUCUUCAAACUUGUCCUUAACUCCACAGCCGGACGCCCAUAAUCCACUUCAACUGAACAUCCCCAUCCCCCCGCCGACAAAGGAAUCCCGUGACCAGAAUGUCAGGGCUGCCAAACAGGCGUUCGAGAAGGCUGCAAGCACUGUUCGUGAUUGCAGGGGGGCUCUGCACAGGCGGCUCCAAGAGAUGCAGAAGAAAAAGCUAGCGCGUCCAGACGAUGUCCGCAAGGCGCACGAUCAGAUGGAAAAAGCUACAGACAAAGGCCAGAAAGAUGUCAAGGACAUGUUUGAGGCCGCAAGAAAGACUUUGGAGCAGACAUAA